UAUACGUUCUCUCUUAAUUUCAGCAAAUAUGGACCCGGCAGAACUCAAGAAGCUGCGUUCAAAACAACGUAAAGCAGCAAAGAAAGCUGAACAGAAUAAGGCAGAAGAGAAAAAGAAAGAGGAGAAGAAAGCAGAGCACCAAAAAGCGAAGUCUGGUGGAAACACAGAUGACUUGGAUAAUCAACCUGCAGAAGACUUAGACCCUAGUAAGCUGGAGCGGACCGAGGAUCCAUUAGGAGAAGCUAUUCACUUUUUGAAGCCCCUUCAAUCUUUAGCACCUAAUAGAAUUCAAACUCACUUAAUGGCCUUUGAAAUUUAUCUUCGAAAAGGCAGGCCAUUGCUCAUGCUACAGGCAUUAAAAAGAGCACUUAAGCUGGAACCUCACAACCCCGAACUCCACACGUGUUUAAUACGAUUUUUGCAGUAUAGACAAGAGAAACUUAGCAAUCAAUGUGGUACUAUUGUGGAUGUUAUUAACAGGGAAGUUACUCGACUUCUCCCAACAAUGGACCCUAACAAGCUCAAUGAAGAUUUCUUAAAUAAUAAUCAAGAAUCUCUCCCACAUAGGCUACAAGCUGCUCGUUCCAUGGUGCUUCUAGAUAGUGUACAGCGUGAACGUGCCCUUUCCAUUGCAACAGUUCUGGACGCGCAUCUAACUGACAGAACACAUCAGAAUAUGCAGCAAGUAUUAGAAUGGCUGGAAUCCCGUGAGUUUGGAGCCACACCAGAGCAACUUAGCCAUUAUAAAACACAGUGCCAUGUCAUCUGUCCUCGUGCCCGAGCCUUCUGUCCUCCUCAGCCAGCCUCCACUUCUUCCACAAGUGAUUCAACUGGUGAUUCUACCAUAACUACUACCACUACUGUUAGCACGACAUCCUCCACACCCAACCAUAAUCAUGUGGAUUCGCCCAGUAGCUGAAAUUCACUGCAAGGUCCCGGUAUUAGACUUUGCAGACUGCAGGGCUGUUGUAAGUGAUGUUAACACCAGGAUGCAGUGAUAUUGUGUAGAGAUACUAACCUUGAAAAUUAUAUCCAAAUGUCAAGCAUCAGUAACUUAAAUUUGCAUUGAAAAAAUAAAUAGUGAAAGCAUAUGACAUAGUUGAACUAAAAUAAUCCUGGUAAUGAACACAGUGUACACUUAUACAUACUUGGGCAGAAGUUAUCAUGAUCAUUAAAGGCAGUUAAUAUGGUUUUGUUUGGUUAAAUAAUGGACAUUAUCUCAUUCUUGUAUCAUAUAUUUACACUUUACAUUAGAAUCAUUCAUAAUAUUGCUUUGUUAAAGAGCUUGAAGUUGCUUUGUUGUUAAACAAACAUUAGCAUGACUACUACAGUUUUAUAUGUACAGUUCAUAAAUCUCUAAUUGGUUAGUAGUCAUCUUAAAUUUUUUAUACCUCCACAGUUCCUGUCAUAAAUUCUUCAGUUGAACAUCUUUUUUAGCUGAAAGGAAAUGGGUUAUUUAUUAUUAAGUAAACAUGUAUUUCUUAUUGAUUAAUGCCUUUUACGGUGUUAAUAUAUUAUUCCAGAUGUUAUUGAAGUCGUAAUCCUUGAAGGGCAUAUUUAAACCUAAUGAAUGGUGGUCCAAACUGGAAGUUGGUGUUUAAAGCCAAGUUUCUGUCAUGGUUGCCACAUUUAACUGAGGGCAGAGCUGGAUAUCCUGUCCUUGAAAUUUUAUUCUUCAUUCAAGUUUUUAUCCAGGCUGUGUAGUACAUCAAUAACCCAAAGAAACUCCUUGCCCAUGUGUGGCUUUUGUCUCAGAACGGAAAGUAUUUUUUGUAAAUUCUAGUUUUCCUUUAGGAAUUUGUAGGAGUGACAUUUAAUGGUGUGGUUCUUUGACCAUUAUGCACUUUAUGAAGAUUAGUUUUUGGCAGUUUUUAUAUGGGUACAUUCCACAUUUGUAGUUGAACGUAGAGACUCAUUUUUCUCUAAACAACUGUUAAUUAUGUGCCUUUGUAUUCCUGUAAUUAUGUUAGUGCCCUAAAGUGCCCUACUAUUGAUAGUUUCUCCUACAUAUUGAUUCUCAUUGUUGGAAUUUGGAAGGUUUUAUAAACAUGUUGCCAAUUAUUAAAUCAAACCUCAAAAGUCCCUCUUUGGCUCCAUAUUGUAGAAGUAAGUGUUUGCCUGAGUUUCCCCUUCCACCCAUGAUUAAUUUUGUUUGAUUUAUGCUGUUUUGGUCUCGAUUCUGAAAUAACACUCGGGGUAAAUUAAUAUAUUGACCUGUAAAGAUCAAUUUUGUCGGACAAAAGAUAGGAGCCAGUUGACUUUGAAAUUUCUAUUACAUGAUGCACAGUUUUAAAUUACAUCCACAGACUCUGUGAUACUUCAGAAGGUAGGCUCGUGCCAGUACUGUAUGUAGUGAGAGUUUGAAUUCCAUCAAGUUGUUAACAAGAAGGUAAUAAGUAUAGGGUCUAUGGCUGCAAUACUUGAAAUUCUGCUUACUGUUGAAAACUAGCCACUACCAUAACCAGUUUUGCUCACAUGCAGUACCCAUUACUGACAUUUGAAUGGAUACUAAUGCAUUCAUGUACAUAGAAGAUGGCUUUGCCAUGCUAUGACAAUAGGCAAUAAUUCUGACAUUCUCAGAGAUGGAUUUAUAUAUUGACCAAUAUUGUCUUUCAGUAUUACCAGAAAAGAAUUUGCCCACAUUUGAUAAGGGAGUUUUAAUCUUAUAACAAUUACUAAUUUAAAAUGUUAAUUCAGAAUUUUGAUGUGAUUGUCAAGCCUUUGAAAAUGUACUCAUGAUCCACGUGUGUCAGUUAUUACUCAUGAUCCACCUCUGUGUGUCAGUUAUUACUCAUGAUCCACCUGUGUGUAUCAGUUAUUAAUCUCUGCUUACUUUAUGGCUUUUAUCAUUACAAAAAUUGAUAUGCAUACGUUGCAGCCAGAAACUCUAUACCAUUGCUUUGUAACUAGUUUACCAUUGGCUGUUCUAACAUGAAUUUGAAUGUUGUAAUUAUUUUAAUGACGUGAUUCUUGGCAAAGAAAAAUGCCUUGAAAACUUAAAAUGCUUUAAUAAAUAAUUUUGGUAUACUCUGCAAAUUUUUUUUUAUUUAUUAUUAUUAAUUUUUUUGUUUAAUAGUUUUUUGAGCCUCUGCAUUUUGAGGGAAUAUACAGUACUGUAACAUUUAGUGUUAAAAGAUCUGGACUAGUAAGGUAUUUUGAAUGGUGCCUUUGUUAUGGUGAAGGUGAACCAGUGAUAUUGUUAUGCGUUCAUUAUACUCGAGAUAAAUGCUUAGUUAUUGGUUUAUAAUAUUUAACUAAUUAUAUGCCAGGGUAAUGAGUCAUCAUGCGGUUUGUAUAUGCUGUUGAAUAUAAAGUGUGUGUGGUUUUGAUCACUGUACCACAUACAGUUUGUAUAUGCUGUUGAAUAUAAAGUGUGUGUGGUUUUGAUCACUGUACCACAUACAGUUUGUAUAUGCUGUUGAAUAUAAAGUGUGUGUGGUUUUGAUCACUCUACCACAUACAGUUUGUAUAUGCUGUUGAAUAUAAAGUGUGUGUGGUUUUGAUCACUCUACCACGUACAGUUUGUAUAUGCUGUUGAAUAUAAAGUGUGUGUGGUUUUGAUCACUCUACCACAUACAGUUUGUAUAUGCUGUUGAAUAUAAAGUGUGUGUGGUUUUGAUCACUCUACCACGUACAGUUUGCACUUGACAUUAAAUAUUUAUUAACCAAUUUUUAAAGGACAUUGCAAAUUUAUAAACAGAAUUGUACUGCUCAGUCAGGAAGGGGGAGUUAUAGUUAAGAAAGUUACGUUGUACACAGGAGUCCGAGGAGGUCAAUCGUGACCCAAAGCAUCAGCUUGACUUUUUUUUUAUCUCCUUUUUUUUUUAAGAUGUAAAAGCUACAUCAUACUGGCUGAUGAGGUCAGGGGUCACUCAGUAUACCAGACUGUAUCAUACCCAACUAUAUUCCUCUUGCUAAGAAUGUACAGGUUUGGUUGUUGCGUAGUUAUGGUUCAGCUAGUCACAAAGGGGAGACCUUUAUUUUUUUUUAUUUUUUUUUUAUUUUUUUGUUUGAAGCACACGCUUUCUUUUCUUUAUUAGCUUUGUAUAUAUCAUUUUCUGAAAACUAGCAUUGAGUUGCGUGAACAUUUUGUACUUAGCCACCACAGUGCACUAUAUACUCGACCAACUUGUUCAGUCAAUUAUUUUCCUUCGGGUAAAGAAAGCAUCCUUGUUAUUACAUUCUAUGAACCACCUCAUUAUUGAAGGGAAAACCCUGAACAAAGUUGAAGGAACCUUCAUGAUUCCAAACUGUUUGUACAGAUUAUGAAAAAACUUGGGUAGUUUCAUUACGAGAUAGAAUUCACUGUGCAUGUGCUCCUUGCCAUUGUUUGUUUUUACUCACGAGUUUAUUUCUCAUUAGGUUGUUUAAAAAUGAGAUAAUGAAAUAAAAACAUUGUAUAUUAUAUAACUGAUAUAUUAUGAGCCUCAGGUGAUAUAAUAUGAGUCAAGGGCACUGUAUGUACAUGGAUUGUUGAGUGUGAGUUGCCUGCCUGGGUACCACCCUAUUUUGAUACAUUUUUCAGUGUCAUUAUAUAUAGGCAGAGGACCCAGAGAAUGGGGACUUGAAAUAAAUCUAAACCUGUAA